AUGCUUCCUUUGUCGCUGCUGAAGACGGCCCAGAAUCAUCCCAUGUUGGUGGAGCUGAAAAAUGGUGAAACUUAUAAUGGACACUUGGUGAGCUGCGACAACUGGAUGAACAUCAACCUGCGAGAGGUCAUCUGCACGUCCAGGGAUGGAGAUAAGUUCUGGAGGAUGCCUGAGUGCUACAUCAGGGGCAGUACCAUAAAGUACCUGAGGAUCCCUGAUGAGAUCAUCGACAUGGUGAAGGAGGAGCUCCUGUCCACACAGCUCCUGUCCACACAGCUCCUGUCCACACAGCUCCUGUCCACACAGCUCCUGUCCACACAGCUCCUGUCCACACUGCUCCUGUCCACACAGCUCCUGUCCACACAGCUCCUGUCCACACAGCUCCUGUCCACACAGCUCCUGUCCACACAGCUCCUGUCCACACAGCUCCUGUCCACACAGCUCCUGUCCACACAGCUGUUCACGCAGCUCCUGUCCACACAGCUCCUGUCCACGCAGCUCCUGUCCACGCAGCUCCUGUCCACACAGCUGUUCACGCAGCUCCUGUCCACACAGCUCCUGUCCACACAGCUCCUGUCCACACAGCUCCUGUCCACGCAGCUCCUGUCCACACAGCUCCUGUCCACGCAGCUCCUGUCCACACAGCUCCUGUCCACACAGCUCCUGUCCACGCAGCUCCUGUCCACGCAGCUCCUGUCCACGCAGCUCCUGUCCACACAGCAGCAGCUCCUGUCCACACAGCUCCUGUCCACACAGCUCCUGUCCACACAGCUCCUGUCCACACAGCUCCUGUCCACGCAGCUCCUGUCCACGCAGCUCCUGUCCACACAGCUCCUGUCCACACAGCUCCUGUCCACACAGCUCCUGUCCACACAGCUCCUGUCCACACUGCUGAUCAGGCUGGUGCUGCUGAUGCUGGUCCUGCUCAUCAUCAGGCCCUGGCUCCUCUUCCACUGGCUCACAGAGAUCACCAUCGCUGACGCAGAUGUUGUGCAGGAUGGCGCAACAGGCAGUCACCUCGACUGCAAAGAUCGUGCCCGUGCAUGCCACGGGGCUUUAUUCUGA